AUGAAGCCACCUUUUUUCCCAUCGGUGGUGGCUGCAUACCUUCACUUUCUACUCUUGCUCCCUCUAUCCCUUCCUUCCCUGAGCACCUCCAGUGACAAGCACUUGGUCUUUGCAGGGGCCUGCAACAAGGAGUCGCCCAGCUUUUGUGACCGAAUCGUUCGCAACUCGGUGUGCAACAGGGCAAAAAAUGAGUGCUUCUGUCGAAAAGGCUUUGUCGCUGUGAAGGAGGGGGAUAGUGUCGCAUGCAAAACACUGCUCACCGACCUCAAGUGUCGUGUGGAUGCGGACUGUGUGCAUAUAAAUCGGAGCAGUUGCCAUCCCGGUGCGGGAUUCUGCACCUGCCCUGGAAACACCGUCUUCGUACCCCAACUGAACGCCUGCAGGACGAAGCUGUUCGAACGGAAGAGUCUGACAUGCGCCUCGUGUCUGCAGGAGGGUGGAAGUUGUUUCGCUUUCGAUGAAAGCGACAACUUCCGAACCGAAGGAGCACCGCCGUUCGAGCGAUAUGGUUGUGUGUGUCCCAACUUGCGAACAAAUGCACAAUUUCGUGAGCCCUCACGACCUCAGCGGAUCUGUGGAGCUCAGUUGGUUGAUAUUGGGCAGUUGUGCAAUGAUGAGGAUCUACUCUGUCGGUCCCCUGUUGCAACUUGCAGCCUCCUGGAGGAGACUGCCUGGUCGGAGAUGAGCUACCACAACGAUGCCAACUUCGGCAUAUGCACCUGCCCAGUAGAGCAUACUCCGGUCUUCCAGAAGCUCCUACGCUACUUUGAGUGCUUUCCAAAGUUGAGUUUGCAAGAAAAAUCCUGUCAUCAGUGUAUUAAGAACGGGGGUGAGUGCUACCGACUGACGGAGACAAGAACUGACUGCAAAUGUCCCCUGGACCGAUCCAACUCUCACACAUCUGACAUUGCUGACAGCGGUGUUUGCCGGUUCCGACAUGUUCAGACCGUAUGUGAGAAUGCUAUUUUGCUGGUGUGCUACGUGCCCCACUGGGAAGCACCCUACGAGGAGAUGGCAGGCCGAAUGGACUCGGGAAUGGCAAAAGCGCGUCUCGAGCCCUCCUCCUGGGCCGUUGGCACUGCUGACCCCUCCGCCAGAGCGACGUGCUGUCUCAAGAAGGCGACCCACUUGGAGGAGCGUGACCUCGACUUCUCCAAUCCCGCUCCAUCCACCGCCACUAUUACCGAUCUCUGGAGGACCAUGUUGCUCAAACUCUCCCUCCGCAGCCCUGCUAUCCGAAAUGCCACAUUCAACACGCCUUACUGCACCCAAAUUGAUCUCGUCAACGACCCUCCUGCUGGCUGUGGCAUCAGGAUACACGACAUAGGAGGUGGAAGAGCGAAAUAUCAGGGAACAGUUGAGGUUGUGAUGGAGGAGUCCCUUCUUAAUCCCGCCAGAGAGUUGCGUCUCACCUUUUCAUGCAUCGAUCACAGACUUGCAAGAGAGCGCCGCGAGGAGAUUCUUCAGCACAGAGAAGUCGACGUCAACGUCAGCAUGACGAUCGUGAAUGAGCAUCUGCGGGAGGUGGAGCAGGUGGAGGAGGGCGAAAACAUUUCACUGCGAUUCAACCUCCUCCCCAGUAAUAGCGAUGCAAAAGACUCCAUCGCGGUGGAGAGUUGUUUUGCCUCGAUGAGCGGCUCGCAGUUUUCUUCCCCCUCCAUCUACUCGGGUUUCCCCAUUUAUGCGGCAGGCAUACAUGACCCCGUACCUUUUGAGACACCCGUCAUUCACUUUCAGGAGAAUCUGGACUGUGCCAAUCCGGCAGAGGCCUACAGCGGAAGUAAGCGGUGGGGCGUCAAGUAUCGCCUCUUCGACCGUUGGGUGCAUCUCAACAUUGUCCCCUCGCAAAAAAAAUCAUUGCUACUAGCAGGGCUGGUGGUGGGGCGAGGCAAUGCGAAUCCGAAGCUGAAAGCGCAAGGGGAGGAGAGGGUUGUCGCGGAUGGAGGGGGUCCCUGCAGGUACGCCGUAUGUCUCACGCAGACUCAACUCAUCACCGUCUCCGUCAUCACCACUGUCAUCAUCGUCGUGGUGCUCGCCAUCUCACUUAUCGCUCUCAGGCGCCAAAACCAAUUUAGACGCAGUGAAAUACGGGCCGCGAAAAAGCCGAAUUGCACCACCUACGAGUACGUCAACUGGUCAGUACCAGUGACCAGUCGAGAAUGGAGCAAUCAGACCUCGAUAUUUCAGCCUCUAGUGCUGACCGAUUCUACGAUCCAGGGCAACCCUAUGGCUUCCAUUGCCCCCAGUGUCUACUCCAACCCCCAGGCGCGGAACACCGCAUUCAUCCGCAGUCCUAACAACGCAAUCAACCUAUUUCAUACUGCAUCAGCAGUGGAAACUGAGGCUAAGUGUCGCAGUUUCUCCGAAAAGAGACGCACGUCUACCUCCGAGGCCGGGGCGUGGACCGUCUCUUGCCCCACCGCCGAUGGCGUAGCAGGCAAGAAGACCUUUACCAGUGCUCUCAACGAGAAUGGACCCUUUGAGUUGCAGCCUGUUGAGCUCUACGGAACAGAGACGAAGGGCUCCAUGGGUCUCUACGCUCCUUUUCUGUGCAUUCGGGAGACAAGUACCAUAAAAAAUGACACACGCAGCACCGACUGUUUUGUGGUGGCUAAUAACAAUAGCGGUGUUCAGGAAAGCGACCCCUCUACGAAGACACAGUUUAUUCUACAAAAGGCGUCAUCUAGUAGCUCACAAACCGCACCAACACAGUCGGCGACGCUUCAGCGUAUGUACAUUAGGCCUAACAUCGGUCGAACUGAGAUCGACACAACUGCGAUCAAACAUUUUUCUUCCAUGAAAUUCCUUACCCGAUCUGAAGAUGAGGUCAAUGAGCGCGAGGUCUCGCUUUCCCCGAAUAAUAUCCUAAAUGAUGAACAAAAUGUCUGA